AUGAGGACGCAUAUCGGAAGUAUGCAGAUGAGAUUCUGCCUAUACAACCACAUGAACUGGAUUUUGAUACAACGAGUCGCGAAUCUCCAGAAGCUGUUCGCCCCUAAGAAGAUAUUGGACCCCACACUCAAAGUUCGCCAUGAUUCGCCGACUGACUCACAUGCGGAUGACACUCCGCUGACGAUUGAGGACCUGCUUAACGAAUUUGAGAAUUUUACCGCGUUAGAAAUGGACAACAUGGACAUGGAAGGAACUCGCGAGAUCCAUGCUUUGUGGAAGGAAAAGGAUGCUUCAGGUCAGAAGAAGCGACGCAAAACAGGGCAGCUCUAUGGUCGCAGGAGACAGUGCAAAACCGAUGUUGCGUUUGACGCCAAGAAAUCAAGAACCUAUCUCGACGUUGUUAUCAAUAGGUAUUCCCUGCACUUUCAACUGGAUACAGGCGCUGAUAUAACUUUAAUAUCACGCCGAAGCUGGAAGAGUAUCGGAUUAUCUACCCUGGAACCUACCAUCAUACUUGAAAAUGGCAGACGGAACGCCGAUGGAGAUCGAUGGUAA